AUGCACCGUCUACAAGCUGGAUUCGCUAUCAACACAAUCACACUAAUAGCCUGCAUCGAGCUACGCAGACUGGCCGCUCGGAGCGCUGGAUUACACACCGUCUGUGUUGUAACGGAAGAAUGUGCGAUUGGAACAGUUGUAUGUGACAUGGGUCCGCUAUUGAAAGAUUUUGGUGUAGACAUGUACACGCGAGACGAUACCAGGGAGGAGACAGCAAGUGAUCGUGGUCCGCUUGUGACGAUAAUUAGUGACUCGCAGACGUUUUCACUGGUUGGAACAAAUCUUGUCACUCGUGGUAGAGUGGACAGGGAACACUACCUGGCUACAAAGCAGUGCAGAUUGACGCCAACACCAUACGAAACCGGGCAAACUUCGGAGGCAGCAAACGGCUUGCUUUUGAAAUGGCAGCCAAUUUCGGGCAAUCCAGAAAUGGCGCCGCAAACGUGCUUGCCAGAUUUUGCCUAA